AUGUCGUUAACCGCUGACGUGCGCGACAAAUAUAUCGACAUAAUUGACGACAUUCUGGCCAAAAGCGAUCUCACCACCAUCUCCGAGAAGCGGAUUCGCAAAGGUCUUCAGGAUGUCGUCGGCUAUGAUCUCACUCCGAUGAAGUCUACGAUCAAGCAGCUGAUUAUGGAACGAUUCGAUCGUUAUGUCGGUGUUGGCGGAUCGCCCGAUGAAGAAGCCCCAAGCAAUGGUCAGCGCGAUGGUGAUACAGCUUCAGCUGCGGUACCGUCCCCGCCUCCAUCCUCGUCUCCUGUGAAGCGCCAGGCCUCCAGCGAUGCCACUUCCGAGCCCGCGAGCGCAUCGCCGCCUGCCAAGAAACAAAAGCCCGAUACCGAUACUGAUGCUGAUGCGGCGUUUGCGGCUAAACUGCAAGCCGAAGAGAAUUCGCGCGCGCGACCUACCCGUGGGGGCAACACUCGGCGUGCAGCUCCCGUGAAGAAGAAGAGCAAAGCCAAGACCUCGAAAAGGGUCAAGGCAGAAGAUGAUUCAGAUAUUGACUCGGGCGAAGAACCAAAAAAGGAGGUCAACAGAAAUACUGGGUUCCACAAACCCAUGAACCUUUCCGAACCUUUGUCCGCACUUCUGGGAGAAGUUACACUCUCGCGACCACAGACAGUUAAAAAGGUUUGGCAAUACAUUCGUGAGAAUGAGCUUCAGGACCCCAGUGAUCGCCGCCAAAUCCUCUGCGACGACGCUAUGCGUGGUGUCUUCAAGCAAGAUCGAGUCCACAUGUUUACCAUGACUAAAAUUCUCAAUCAGAAUUUGUACAAUCCUGAUGAGUAG